CACACGUCACUUCUCUGUCCUGAUAACGUGAUGUUCAUGUGUCUCCGCUCGUCCCUGUGGGUCCUUCUUCUUCAUGGGUUAACGACAGUGAGCUGCCUGGACCAGGUCAAAGGUCAGGUGGGAGAGGACGUCCUGCUGCCGUGCGUCUACAGAGAGGACGACCCUCUGCCUCAGGAAGUGUCUGUCUACUGGAGGGACAAGGACGACGCCGAGGUGCUGGACUCCGUCCUCGGCGUCCUGGCCCUCGCCACGCAGAGCGAGAUCUACCGAGGCCGAGUGGCGCUCGCUCCACCGCGGGAGAGAGACGACUUCUCCAUCGUGCUGAGGGACGUGCGGCGGUCGGACAGCGGCGUGUUCGACUGCCACCUCCAAGAGCAGGACUUCAAGAAGAGCGUCCAGCUGAUCGUCACAGAUCCUGUCGUUCCAGUUGCAGAUAAACCGAACGUUGUCACGACGACCCAACCUCCAGGAAGUAACGCUGCAGCAUCACUGACCCGCCCCCUCCUCCCCCUCCUCCCCCUCCUCCUCUCACUUUAUUGGCUCGUCUAA